AAGAAUCCAAUGGGAAGGUUAAGCGGGAGAGGAGGUGGGGAUUUUGGGAUCUGGCAACCUUGUCUCGUGUUGGUGCUUGUGGCAGCAUGGAGAGAAACAAGUCCGCGUUUGCUUAUUACCAGUCAUUAAAAGAAAAGACAGCAGAUACACAGCAGGCCUCAAUUUCCCCAGCAAAGAAAAAAAAGAAGAGGAAGCAGAAUGGAUUACAACCUACCAUGAGUGCCAAGAAAAAGACAAAGGAGGAGAAAAACCAUGAUGAGCCUGUCAGUGAGCAGCAGCAGCAGCCGUCGAACGGGACCGAUCGUGUGAGCAGUGACGCACUUCACACACUUCUCACCGAACUGGCUAAUGUGGACAACAGCAGGGAGCGAGCGAACAUGCUGUUUCAGUGGCUCAUUUAUCCUGUUGCAGCCAAAACCUUUUUCAGGGAUAAUUGGGAGAAGAAGCCCCUAUUGAUCAGACGCCAGAAUCCACACUACUAUGAUGGCCUUUUCUCAACCGCAGAGUUUGACCGCAUUUUGAGAAAUGAUGACGUCCAGUAUGGAGUGAACCUGGAUGUGACGAGUUACACAAACGGCAAGAGAGAGACACACAAUCCUCCAGGAAGAGCUCUGCCCUACUCCGUGUGGGAUUUCUAUGAGAGCGGCUGCUCGCUGAGGAUGCUGAACCCUCAGGCCUUCUCCUCUACUGUGUGGAACGUUCUGUCCAUCCUGCAGGAAAAGUUCGGGAGCAUGGCAGGAGCCAACAUGUACUUAACCCCAGCAGGAACACAGGGAUUCGCACCACAUUACGAUGAUAUCGAAGCGUUUAUUGUGCAGUUGGAAGGGAAGAAGCACUGGAGAGUGUAUAACCCACGAUCUGAAGAUGAGGUGUUAUCGCUUGUGUCGAGCCCUAAUUUCAGUCAGUCCGAGAUCGGAAAGCCCAUGCUGGAUGUGGUGCUAGAGCCGGGUGAUUUGCUGUAUUUUCCCCGUGGGGUUGUUCACCAGGGCGACUGCCUGCCGGACGCCCACUCGCUGCACAUCACCAUCUCCUCCUUCCAGAGGAACAGCUGGGGUGAUCUGCUGCUGAAGGUGAUGCCAGCGGCCUUGGAAAUGGCGACGGAGGAGGACGUAGAGUUUCGAAAGGGGCUGCCUCUGGAUUACCUCACCUUCAUGGGGGUACAGAACUCUGAUAAGGAAGAUCCACGCAGAGACAGAUUUCUGUCCCACAUUGAGGGUUUAAUGAAGAAGUUAGUGUCCUAUGCUCCAGUGGACGCCGCUGUGGAUCAGAAAGCACGCGAGUUUCUGCACGACUGCCUGCCACCUGUGCUGACUCCAGCAGAGACAGCGAGCAGUGUGUACGGCGCUCCUGUGAGAUUCGAGGAUGGAGAGGCCGUGGAUUUGAAAACGCAUAUAAAGCCUCAGACCAAGAUAAGACUCAUCCGCGCGGGAAUCGCCAGACUGUGCAGUGACGGUGAGGCUGUUCAUCUUCACUACACCACCGAGAACUCCAGAGUUUAUCACAAAGAGGAGCCCAAAAGCCUGGAGAUAAAUGCAGAGCACACAGACGCUGUAGAGUUCUUGAUCCACUCCUACCCGAAGUUUAUCUCCGUCUCGAGUUUACCCUGCGACUCCGCUGAAGAAAAGGUGUCCUUGGCAGAGACGCUGUUUUCAAAAGGACUGAUCCAAACAUCUGAACCUUUGAGCACGAAGUAAAGAGUUCAUCUAUUCGCCUGGAAUAAGUCUUUUGUUGGUCCCCUUUUCUUGGUUUUGUAAAAAUCGAGAUCAGGAUUAAAAGUUGUAAUUGACUGUUUGGUAUCUACAACCUUUGCAGUAAACAGUUAAACAUCUGAA